AUGCAUGGCAUAACAUCAUUGGAGCUGCUAGAGCUACGCGUGCCGGCGCACGUGGCGCUGGGCACGCGCGCGUCGCUGUCGUGCCGCUGGGCGCUGGGCCCGGCCGACGUGCUCUACUCCGUCAAGUGGUACAAGGACGGCAAGGAGUUCUUCCGACACGUGCCGCGCGACCACGAGCCCAGGAGGAAGUUCCCGCUGCCUGGAGUCGAUAUGUUGAGGUACCUAUGCACCAUCUUUUCGGAUCCCUCGGGUACUAGUCUUGUGUUGUCAGCAGCAGUGUUGGAGACUGGAGGCCGUUAUCGCUGUGAGGUUUCCGGAGAACGGCCGCUAUUCCCCACGGUGUCCAGACAUUCAGACAUGGAUGUCGUUGUACUACCCGAGGAAGGUCCUGUCCUAACAGGGCUAAGAUCACGGUAUCGUCUGGGAGACCGCGUGCAGGUGAACUGUACUUCAGGGCGCUCCCGUCCAUCCUGCCAACUAUCGUGGUACAUCAACAGCGAGCUAGCACUCACAUCAGCUAUGUUACCUACUAUCCACAAUGUAUAUGAAGAUGGGAUGGAAACUAUAACCCUGCAGCUAGAUUUUAUGCUCACCGAGUUGCAUUUUAAGCAGAGUGGAUUCAAAGUCAAAUGCCUAGCAACACUCGCGGAUCUGUACUGGCGAAGUAACGAAGGAAGUGCCCUGUUUGACAAAGUGAAGAUCCACCAUACAUUGACAUCAUUUGAACCAAAAAGAAACACGAGAGCCCAACAUAUUCAAUCUAAUACAGCAAGCUUACUCACUAGUUCCUCUAUACUUAUUAUUAUUUUGCUUUUAGUGCAUUCCUGUGUGAAGGUCUGUUAGAUUUAAAUAAAGAUAUAGGUAGGUUCGGUACUAAUUUAAUAAAGAGGAAUUUUUU